GUCGCGACUACAGCGCCUGCCAUUCAUUCACCUCGCUCGUCUCUCUGCCUCGCCUCUCAAGCCCUCCUUCAGCCGCCAUCACACAUCCACAACGACCUGCAUCUAGUCAUCGACCCCCGAAGCAGCGCACUGCCGCACCGUUGCGCGCACCGACCAGGGGCACCGACUGGGCCCGCAUCGUCCGCGCGUACAAUUGGGCAGGCCAGCCGCUCCCGCCAACGACGAGCUCCCUUGCGCGCGUGUCAGGUCCAGGCCUCACUCGUCCUCCCCCCCCGGGCGCCUCUCCCUCCCUCGUCCCGCAGCGCCCGUCAAGAUCCUCCUCGUCCGUCCUUGUCAGAGAGACAUGCAGUGACGGCCGGCCACGAUGGAGCGAUCAAAACCUCAGGCCUUUCAGUCGACGUACGCGCCGCGGCUGCGCGCCUACAACAACUCCCUCCUGACGCCAGUGCUGCCGAGUGCGCCGUCGGGCCCCAUCUCGAGGACCACCAAGCGCGGCACCACCAUCAUCAACUACGCCGAGGAUGGCUACGACGACCUCGAGGACGAUAGCGACGACCCUCGACGCCGGCCAACGGGCCUGCGCAGCCUGCGCAAGGAGGACUCGGCCGCGCGCGAGUCCUUGCUCGACCGCGCCGGCAAGGAGACCAAGGAGCCCGUCGACGUCCAGGGCAUCUGGCGGGACUGGAUGGGCAAGCACCGCUUCGUCAAGAGUGACCAGCAAAACGCCGCCCAGGCUAGCCUGCCGCUGACCCUCAUCCCCAUCCGUAUCGACCUCGACGUCCCCCAGUUCAUCCCCGCCGCGCCCUUCCCCCCGCCGAACCCAAACGCCGUCGACAUGUCCAUGCCGCAGUACCGCCAGGGCGAGCUGACGGUCCCCUACAAGCUGCGCGACAUCUUCUGCUGGAACCUGCACGAGACCCUCAUCACCACGGAUCAGUUUGCUCAGACUCUAGCCCAGGACCUCGACCUGCCCAACCGCGCCGGCGCCGUUGCCGAGAUCUCUCGGCAGAUCCGCACUCAGCUCGAGGAGUACGCCGGCGUCGCCUUGCACCCUCUGUUCCACACGGAACAGCAAGCCCCUGCGCCGCCUCCGCCCGCGCAAGCGCAGACUGGCGCCGCAGCUACGCCCGCCGCCGCCGCCACCGCCCCGACCAACGGCAUCACAGUGAGCACGCCGAGGGCCAGCGCCGUGCUCAAGUCGAGGGAAGACUCGCCCAUGUCUCUGGCCAGGGGCCUGUCGAGGCCCGAUACGCCGGCGCAGACCGGAGGACCGGCAACGCCGACUUCUGCACCGAACGUUACGGCUGAGGCUACCCCGAUCCUACCCGAUUCCGACAACUACAACCCCGAUGACACGUAUCGUUGCAUCGUCAACCUCAACCUAAACCUGGCAUCCAUGCUCUACACGGACAAGUUCGAGUGGUCUCUCCUCCACCCCCCUGGCACGGCCGAAGCGUUUGCCAAGGUGACGUGCGCCGACUUGGGGCUCACUGGCGAAUGGAUCCCGGCCAUGACCCAUGCCAUCUACGAGGCCGUCCUACGCCUCAAGAAGGAGGCCUGCGAGGCCGGCGGUCUGGUUGGCGGCUGGGGCGGCGCGCAGCAGGAUCUGCCCAACGACUCUGCCAAUGGCGCUGAGUCUGGCUGGAGAUACGACCCCGAUCACCUCGCUGACGACUGGGAGCCUAAGGUUGAGAUCCUCAGCAAGGAGGAGAUGGAGAAGCGCGAGGGCGACCGCGAGCGCCAGGUUCGUCGUCUGCGCCGCGAGACAGCACGCUUCAGCUCCACAGCCGGCAUGCUCGGCGGCACGCCCUUUGGCGCGCCCGCCAUCGACUUCGAAGAGGAGCGCAUGGGCCGGGGCGAGCGCUCCAAGAAGAAGCGCCGCUUCCGCAGCCUCAGCCCCCUCGGUCGCGGAGGCACGCCUGGCGGUCGCGGCACGCCAGACGUCGGCGGCUACGGCGGCGGCGGCGCCCUGACCGACGCCGAGAGGACGUCGUGGCGAUGCUCGCACUGCCGCAUCUGGGGGACCAGUGUCUGGGCCGUCCGUGACGGUCCCUCCGGCUCCAAGACCCUUUGCGCCAACUGCGGCUACCUCUACGAGCGCGACCGCAGGCUCCCCAGGCAGACCAAGAAUCUGCACCUGGCAGACAUCCGGGCUGCUUAAUGAAAACUUUCUUGGUCGGAGGAAACGGUCAAAAAAUUGCAAAAAAGGAAGCAAACAAGGAAGCACGGGCGUGUCUUCCUGCAACUGGGGAGAUGAGCGGCACGACACCCGGUGAGCGCUUCAUGUGACCCUCCCACUACUCCUCCAGUAAGGAGCACGGGGACGGGAGAGCCGGUCAAAGGCAGAGAGAGGGUUUGUGUAUGUGUGUGAGAGACGGAAAGAAGGGUCGAGGGGGCGUAGGCGGAUUUGUUCGGGCGAAUUUCGGCGUCUCAGGAUGGAGGGCAUGUCAUGUCAUGGUUCGAUUUCUUUCGUUGAUGUCCUUUCUUCCCCUGCUUUUGUCUUUUUUUUCUUCCUUUUUCGUUUUCAUUUUCUCCCUCCCCCCUUUUUGUAGUUGUGCUUCCUCGCCUGCAUGCACUGCCGUGCACUUUUUGCCGAGUUGCACAAUGUCUGUAAAAUAGCACCCCGGAAGGGUUCGGCAAGGGAAAGGGGAAAGGGAAAGGUGUGUGUGUGUGUGUGUGUGUGGUAGGGAGGAGUGGCGGCAUGGGUUAGUUCGGUAGGCCGGAUGGAGUCCUAUAAAGUAGACGGUCUGGUUGGUGAAGCAAACAAAAAGUAUCGUCGUAAACAUGCGGCGCGACUUUCUUUCUCUGCUGGCAGUCAUGACGGACAGCUCGAAGCGACCAGGAAGCGGACUUGGCAUUAGAAAAAGGUAACAGUGCUGUGAAGAGGGAACACUUGUGUUGCUCAAUGGUGAUGAUGGG